GGUGUCCUUCAACGGACAAAUGUAUUCCUUUUCGGCACUUCACAGAAUUUCUCUCAUGGCCUCCAAAUCUCAGCGUCUCCAUCAAAUUGCUGGGUCCAACUUGCAGGGUUCGACGAAAAGGGCUAGAACAAUGACCACUAAUUCCUCUAUGAAAGAUGCUUUUGCCAAAUAUGCUGAAUAUCUGAACGACCUGAAUGACAAACGGGAAAGAGUAGUCAAAGCAAGCCGUGAUGUUACGAUGAAUAGUAAAAAAGUCAUAUUUCAAGUGCACCGUAUGAGUAAAUAUAAUAAAGAAGAAGUUCUUGAGAAAGCAGAAAAGGACUUAGCAGCUGUCACAGAUCACCAUGUGUCUCGACUAGUCAAAGAAUUGCAAGGAACUGACUUUUGGAAGCUUAGGAGAGCAUACUCUCCUGGGAUACAAGAGUAUGUUGAAGCAGCAACAUUCUGCAAUUUCUGCAAAAAUGGAAGUCUUUUGAAGCUUGAUGAGAUAAAUUCUACUUUAUUGCCACUCAGUGAUCCAUCUCUUGAACCUCUGCAGAUAAAUAUUCUUGACUAUCUUUUAGGGCUUGCAGACUUGACUGGAGAGCUAAUGCGUUUGGCAAUUGGUCGAAUAUCAGAUGGCGAGCUUGAAUUUGCUGAAAAGAUAUGCAGAUUUGUACGUGAUAUAUACAGGGAUCUUACCUUGGUAGUACCAAUUAUGGAUGAUAGUUACGAUAUGAAGACAAAGAUGGACACAAUGCUCCAAAGUGUCAUGAAAAUAGAGAAUGCUUGCUUUAGUGUUCACGUGAGGGGAUCGGAGUAUAUUCCACUGCUUGGAUCUAAUGAUCCAAGUUCUUUCUUAGUGGGAUUGCCAGAUAUUGAACUAUGAAGUAAUCUCCUCUAAUACAUUGGGAAGAUGACAUGUAUGUGUUGUAGCUGAAGAGGCCGAGCAGACUGCAUACUAUCAGUUAGACUGGAUUUUCUUUGAUAUUUUGACAUAAACUCAAUCAUGCGAGUGUUUCCAGGUGAAUUUUAGUAAAUGUUUUGUGAAAAGAGGAGUGGGGAAAUUCUUUUUUUUUUUUUUUUUAAUGUCUACGUGUACUACGUGUUGGUCAUAUAAUUUGGGCAAGCAUCUUGUGGAGUUGUUUGGAAUUACUAGGAUAAUAAUAAUUGUGUGAAGGGAUUCAUGUACAAAAUCAGUUCAGCUAGUUGUCCUAACGGAGCUAAUAUUAUUUGAGGUAUUGUUAGGCACUAAAUGUGGAUAAUUUUUUGAGCAGAAAUUUAAACUUUGAUUUGCCUUUUUA